UGUCCCCUCACCUGCAGGCUGUGUGUCCCCUCACCUGCAGACUGUGUGUCCCCUCACCUGCAGCCUGUGUGUCCCCUCACCUGCAGCCUGUGUGUCCCCUCACCUGCAGGCUCUGCACCAUGUCUAUCGACUUUGACAGUGCCGCUCUGCAGACCCAGCAUGAGGAGGAGGAGUACGACCAGGAGGACUAUGCCAGAGAGCAGGAGCUGCACAAACUGCUCACAGACCUGCCUGAUGACAUGCUGGAGGACAGCAGAGACUCCACCCCAGAGCUUGAGUACUCUACCUGCAGCAAUAAAAACACCAGGAACAGCCCACAAUCAGCAUGGACUCAGCAAUGGUCAAAUCCUCCAAAGCCAAUCUCUCAUGAGCAGAACUAUGACGGCAACUAUGAUCUGGGCUCUCAUGACCAGUACACUUACGAGGAUGUUGCUGAUCAGAUUAAUGGACAGCAGAGGCCACCUCUGCCUCCCACCUGGAACCAGCAGUCAGGGGAUCACCAGUUCCCCCAAGGAGAUUAUACGUACACAAGCAUGGGCACAGAUAAAUCUAUAGAGACCAAUGACUUCUCCACAGAGUAUGAGUCUAAACAAUAUUCUCAAGAAUCUAAUAACCACGUGGAAUGUAACGGAGACGGAGGAUACAGGGACGUGCAAAACCUUGGGGACCAAAAUACCAGAAACCAAUUUCAGCCUGGAGCUGGAGACAAUGUUGCCAAUCAGUACAAGGCCAGUUACAAUCCUCACCAUCCUGCCCACCAGCCAAAGAUGUUUAACCCACAGCUCGCUCGCCAAGGCGCUCAGUUUGACCUUCUGCAGAGAGAAUUCCUCGACUCGACACAACAAACUUCUGACCGGGAGCAACUCGCUCAGCUGCAGAUUUUAAACAAAGCUCAGCAGAGACAAAUUGAAGACUUGGAGCAAAAACUGGAAGAUUCAAGGCGUAAUAUGAGAUACAUCGAGCAUCAAUUUGCAAUUGUCAAAGAUGAAAAGGAUGGCUUUGCAAUAAGUCUCAAGGAAUCAAGUCGAUUGGUUGAAGAGGUAAAGGAGCAAGAGGUGCAGAUGAAAAAUAGAGUGAAGGCUAUGGAGCAGCAAAUACAGGUCCUUACUGAGAGAGACCAUGAGAACCUGAGGAAGCAGCGGGUGGCGGACGCUGCAGUGGACAGCAUGAAGCAGCAGAUGUUGGAGCUUUGUCGUUCCGACAACCUGUCCAGAGUGCGAGAGCAGCACGACCGGGACCUCACCAUCAUCCGAGAACAGCAAGACGUUGCACUGUUAACCCUGAAGCAGAAGAUCGACUCUUCCUCUCAGGCUCUGCAUGAACAGACUGAUUUCAGUCAGAGGUUACGAGAGCAGGUGAAGCAGCUGGAGUGCCAGAGAGAGGAGGAGCAGCUUGAGAGGGCAAGAGUCAUCAACGGCCUCACUCAGCGACUGGAGGAGAGUCAGCAUCAAUGUGCUAAGCUACUGCAGACAACCUCAGUGCAGGAGAUGAGUCAGGUGCAAAUUAAACUUCAACAGACUCAAUCAGCCAAGGCUCUGACUGAAAACAUGAACAAAGCUUUGCAGGAGGACCUGGCUGAUUUGAAGGAGCAGAUCACUAUGUAUGAAUCUGCUGUGAAACAUGGCGUUAUUGCAUUAGAUCUGAACAGUGACUGGGAUCAUCAGCUGUCUGAUUCCUGUGUGGAUUUAGGAUUAAAGAAAAUGAGCAGGAAAAAUGGCAUCCUCCAAAGCCCGGCCUUGGCUCAUCUGUCAGACUCCAAGCUGCCCAAGGACGAGGCUUCGCGGCAGCUGCGUGUGGAGAUGCAGCGCUGUCUGAGUAGUCUGAAAGGGAAGCGGCAGAAAAUCUCUCAGCUGCAGGAGGAGCUUCAGCACUGUCGGAGCCAAGUAAAUGAACUCAGCAGUCAGUUAGAAGAAGCCAAGCUGAGCUCUUCGGUCAGAGAGAAAAGUCAGAUGAAACAUCUCGACAUGACUGGGGAGUCUCACAAAGAGUUUGUGAAACUAGAGGAAGAUAAGAAACACUUGCAGGAACAAGUGGAGGUGCUAGAGAAAAAGAAUCAAGAGCUGAAACAGAGUGAGGAGAAGGUGAGGUCUGCCAACGCGGAGCUGUGCUCGAAGAUGAGGGAGAUGAUCCAGGAGCUGGACCAAGAAAAGCAGGAGGCUGCUCAGAGAUCUGAACGGAUUCAUCAGCAGUACAGGGAUGACGUAGUGACCAGGGUCCAAACCGAGCUCAUGCUGGAACAUGAUGCUCAGGUUGAACAGCUGACUGCACAACACCUGCAGCAGAUCCAACAGUUACAGACCCAUCUAUCUGAGGCCAAUGAUAAGAUGUUGGCUGUACAAGAAUGUUAUAUAUCUGUCUGCAAAGAGAAAGACAUGGUCGAAGAAAGAAUACACAACAGGGAGAAGGAGGAGGCUGUGAUCAGAAAUAUUGAGCAAAAAAUGAGAGAGGAGAGUGUUACAGCUGUGGAGAAGCUUAGGGUGGAGCUGGAUGCUCAGCAUCAGGCCUCAGUAAACCAACUGAAAGCUCUCUGGUCCAAACAGAAGGAGGCUGAGAUCCAGCAGCAGGUGAACUCUCAUGUAGCCUCAGCCAAGGCCGUAUGUAGGGAGGAAGUGGAAAAAAUGGAGGAGGAAAGGAGGGAGAAGCACAGAAAGACUGCUGAGGUUACCUGUCAAACAGAGGAGGUCGAGGGCAUCAGUGAGACGACUACUCCUGAGGAGUUGGACUCCAGGCUCAGCGCCCUGAAACAACAGCUGCAACUGGAGGCUGACAAAGUCAAACGUAAGGCUGUGGAGGAGGCCAGGAAACAAGUCCAGAGAGAGCUUCAGGAGAAUCAUCUGGAGGACAUGGCUAAGCAGGUUGAAGGUGCAGUGACCAGGGCCUACAAUCGCUGGGUCGAGGAUUUGACUUCAUUACCAGAAUAUCAAGCCUCUCUCCAAACAGAGAAAGAGAAAUGGGAAGAACUGCAAGAAAAACACACUGAACAACAAGUGUCCCAAGCUCUGAGGGUGGCAGAGGAGCAUUGGCAUAAGAAACACACGAACCAGCAGGAGGAGCAGAGCUCUGGAGCGCAGAGGCUGGAGGAGCUACAGGAGGAGGUGCUGACACUGCAGUGCCAGGUGGAGCAAGUGAGGAGAGCACAAGCUGCCCUGCUGAAGGCCGAGCUGGCCGGAGCUAGAGCGGUCUGGAACAGAGACAAACAGCAGGAGAUCUCCGCCAUUCAGUUCCGCAGUGAGCAGGUGUAUCACACCAAGCUGCAAGAGCAGCACAAGAAGCUGGAGCAAGCCAGAGAGGACGCUGAGCUCCAGAAGAGGGAGCUGCUCCUGCAGAUGGAGGCCAAGCUUCAGGAGACUCUGAGUGUCCGAGAAGAGGAGUGGAGAUGUCAGCACGCUGAGAGUGAGCUGACUCAGAGACAGCAGAUGAGGGAGGAGGUGUUGGCAGAGCUUCAAUCUGGAAUGGCACAUGUCCAGGCACAACUUCUUGGAGAUCCCAAAACUGAUCAGCAGGGCACUGACAACACCAGGAGGACCAGCGAGGCUGCAGCAGAGACAACAAUAACACAGGUCCUCCAAACAUCCUGCAAAGACGUGGUCAGCAGGGCAAUAUCCCAGAGCAAGAAGGAGUGGAAGAAAAUCAGUGAGGAGAGACUCAUCCGUGUGUUAAAAGAAACACAGAAACAACAUGAACAAGAAAUGGACAAAAUGCUGAGCUCUUUGUCGCAGAGGAAGGAGUCGGCUCGUUGCAGGAAGGAAUGCUCUGAGACUUCAAGUAAACUGCAGAAGAAAAACCAGGAGCUCCAGAGACACUUGGAGAAAACCUGCCGUCAACUCCAGCUCAGUGUUCGAGGACACAAAACCACAGUGCAGCGCCUCAAAGACGAGCAUGAGCACAGCUUACAAAAGGCGAAGGAGGAACAUCUGCAGCAGCUGGAGGAAGUGAAGAAAGCCAAAGAAUUGUCAGGGAGUUCUGAUCUUCAGCAAGGCCUGGAUGAGAUGAAGCAGCAAUAUUUGAUGACUGUAGAAAAGAUCAGAGAGGACAUGCUGCGUUACCUCCAGGAGAGUCGGGAGCGAGCAGCAGAGAUGAUCCGCAUGGAGGUGCAGAGGGAGCGACAGGACACGGCCAGAAAGAUGCGGCUUUAUUAUCUGACCUGUCUGCAGGAGCUACUGGAGGAUGGAGGAAAAACCACAGGGCAAGACGCCAUACUUGUUUGUUAAAGUUUGUGUGCUUGCUUCAUCGUGGCUCCUCAGGCUAAUUGUAUCGAUCCUCUCCUGUUCUGCAGAGCUGAAAAGAAAAUAAUGAAUGCAGCAAGCAAGCUGGCGGCCAUGGCUAAAGUGCUGGAGACGCCUGUCCGAGGUAAAUCUGGAAAGACCUACAGUUUACCAAAUUGCCCUCCAGUUAGAAACGCAGCUUUCAACAUGAACCCGUCGACCCUACCCGAGCUUUCUGACAUCAGAGCAGAGGAGAGAAGAGAAAAAACGUCAGCUGACCCAGAGCAGAAAGCAGCUGCUGCCGACAGGACUAAACCUUCCAGCCACCAGGACAGUUCCUCUUGUGGGAAGGAGGACGCCCCAGAGGACGCAGCCACGAAACCCCAAACCUCUGCUCGCACGAACCCUCUCUCCCACAAAACGUCCAAACAGACGACCUCUUCUCAUCCCAGGGCGCCUCCAUCCCAGGUGAACUCAGUCGGUGCGUCUGCGAGGAGCAAGAGCAGGGAGCUGUACCUGCAGGGAGCCGACCACCACCCGGACUCCGAGCAACAGAGCAAAGCUUUUCUCGUCCAUGAGGCUCCUGUGAGAGGUGAGAAACACACGGACUGGAGCAUGACCAGCAGCGACUCAGACAGAAGCUUCCCAGUUCCCCGACUCUCUUUCUCAGGGAGGCAAGUGGAACCGGUGAAGCCGUUUUCUGUCUCUGUGACAUCGGCCAGCGACUUUAAAGCGUUCAGUGGUCUCUCCCCGGAUGCGUCCGACCUGACAGUUUAUAAUGAAAUCGCCAAGAAGAUGCCUCAAACCCAGACUUUAAACUUUCCCAGUGUGAAGACAAGUACCCACAGAGAGCCAACCCCCGGCUCUGAGGCUGAGCAGCAGCAAAGAGGAGCUUCCAGGCCUCUGUUCUCCGAGCUGAGGCAGCGGCAGCAGGACAGCGGCUUUGAAAGUCCCUUAUACCAACAAAAAUACAAAGUGGCAGAUAUGAGGGGAAAUAUUAAGUAGUCAAAACUGACUGGAUGAUUUCACUUACAUAACCAAAUAGUGCCUUCAAUGCAGUGUACACAGUUUACAUGAGUGUAGAACCUUUGUCUUUUAAGUUGAUUGCAGCGUUUUAUAUGUCUGUGUUGUGUUAAGAUCGUUAAAGGAAUAGUUUGACAUAUUGGCGAGCACAUUUAAUCACUUGUUGCGUUCGAUGAGAAGGUUGAUACUAGCAUGUUUGUAAGCUAAACAUGAAGCUACAGUGAGCAGCUGGUUAACUUGGUUUAAAGACUGGAAACUGUUAACAAAAGGUAACAGAAGCCACCCGUAUAUUUUAACUGCUGGUCCUAAAUAAGAAAUAAAUUUAAUUUACUAUUUAUUGACUGAGAUUAAAAUAAGAUUCAAUGAGAAAGAUGCAGAUGAGCAGAUGGGUGUUCACUUUGUGAGUCCCCCCUGGUUUCAUUUCAUUAGUGCUUUUUUUUUUAUUGCUAAUAUUCAACAUUCAACUGUUGACAAGAGACAAACAUGCAUAUUUGUCCAUAAUGUCAAACUAUUUCUUUCAAUGUAAAAGAACCAGAGUUUCUCUCUGCUUUGUACGAUCUGUCACCUCAGGCAACACUCCAAAAACGUUUCUCUUUUUCUCUCUCUCCAUCACAUUUCAGUCCCGUUUUAAAUAAAGCGCAGCUGCAGGUCUGUCCUGAAACACUGCCAACACCGUGCUGCUCUUCACAUCCUCAGCAGGAGCAGCAGAAACUGUGAGAUUAUUUAGUGCUCAGUGUCUUUCUGUUGGCCCGAGAGAUUUGAUAAACACAGCCGUGAUAAGUUAGUAAAUUAGUUAUGAAUAUCAGUGUUACCUGAUGGAGGUUAAUGUCCAUGAGUGUUCAGGUGUUUCUUUCCUGAUAUAGCUGAUACGUACAUCAGGGGUUUGUCCACUUUGAAAAGAAUGUCUUCAGGUCUAAAGUCGCAGCUCUGCCCUCAGCAUGAAUUGGAACCUGUGACACCUUGCAUGAGGUGCUGGCAGUUCGCCUCCAUAAACCCACCGAGUGUUAGAUAAAGUCAACGUCUACUCAGAGCUUAUGUCACAGUUUUUUCAAUCUUUCUCCCAGACUUAGAUUUUAGUUUGUUUUAG